GUAAAAAUAAGUGAUGUUUGAUUAAAAAAAAAAUCACCUUGUGCGCUUAAAUUCUCCUUCGUAUCUAGUACAAACUUCAUACUUUGUAGCUAUUAAUGAGUUGAAAAUGAAAGCAUUAUCAUAAGGUAUGAACAUAACCUUCAACUUCAUACUCUGUACCAUGUUCAAUAUCAUCAUCAUAAGAUGAAUUUGAAGUAUCUGCUGGUUGUUAUCUGUCUUUGGAUUUGGUCUCAAUCUUUGGCUUUUUCAAUUUCUGAUGAUGGGUUGAUGAGAAUUACUCUAAAAAAGAGGAAUUUGGACUUUCAUAGUGUUAAUUCUGCAAGAAUCAAAACGGCAAUUCAUGAAAGAGAUGAUUUAAAGAGUGUUGAAAAAAAUUGCUGCAAAAAUGAUGUUGUUUAUCUUAAGAAUUACUUUGAUGUUCAAUAUUUUGGGGAAAUUGGUAUUGGUUCACCACCGCAAUACUUCAAUGUUGUGUUUGACACCGGAAGCUCUAACCUUUGGGUUCCGUCUUCUAGAUGCAUCUUCUCAAUUGCUUGCUAUUUACAUUCGAAAUAUAGGUCGGGGAUAUCUAGCACCUAUAACGAAAUUGGAGUACCUUGUGAAAUCCCUUAUGAUGAUGGAUACAUUUAUGGAUUCUUCAGCCAAGAUAAUGUAAAAGUUGGGGAUAUAAUUGUCAAAGAUCAAGAAUUUUCUGAGAUUACAAGGGAAGGAAAUUUUGCACUUUUAGCUCUUCCAUUUGAUGGUAUACUUGGACUUGGAUUCCAAGAUAUUUCAGUUGGAAAAGUCACACCAGUGUGGUAUAAUAUGAUAGAACAAGGACAAAUAUUGGACAAAGUUUUCUCUAUUUGGCUAAAUAAGGAUCCAAUGGCUGAGAAAGGGGGUGAGAUUGUCUUUGGUGGUAUGGACAAGAGCCAUUUUAAAGGUGACCAUAGUUACUUUCCAAUUUCUCAAGACGGUUAUUGGCAGAUUGAAGUGGGAGAUAUUCUACUUGGAAAUAAUACAACAGGUUUAUGUGAGGGUGGAUGUGCUGCAAUAGUGGACUCAGGAACAUCUUUAAUUGCUGGUCCAACGGGUGUUGUGACUCAAAUUAACCAUGCAAUUGGAACAGAAGGAUAUGUUAGUUUUGAGUGUAAAGACAUUGUCCAUAACUAUGGGAAUUUGAUAUGGGAAAACUUGAUUUCAGGGCUAAAUCCAGAAAUCUUAUGUGUUGACAUCGGACUCUGUUCAAAUAACGGAAUUCAAAGAAUGAAUGAUGUUAUUGAAACAGUGGUGUAUAAUGAAAGUAGGGAUGGAGCAGCAACAUUGGAGAGUCCCUUUUGUAGUUUUUGCAAUAAUAUUGUCCUCUGGGUUCAAGUUCAGAUUAAGCAAAGCAAUGUAAAGGAAAAAGUAUUAAAACAUGUGGAUGAGCUUUGUGAGAGGCUCCCGAAUCCGGUUGGAGAAUCAUUUAUAAACUGCAGUAGCAUCUCAAGUAUGCCACACAUUACAUUCACAAUUGGAAACAAAUUGUUUUCUCUCUCUCCAGAACAGUAUGUUGGUAGAGUUGAAUCAGAUGACGAAGAUCGUUCCCCUGUGUGCUAUAGCAGUUUUGUUGCUCUAGAUGCGCCUUCACCACAGGGUCCCCUCUGGGUUGUUGGAGACAUUUUCUUGCAGGCAUAUCACACUGUGUUUGACUAUGCCAAUCUCCGUAUAGGAUUUGCAGAAUCUACAUAGUCAUUGUUCACAUGACUCAAAAUAGUAAAUAAAAAUAAAAAAGUGUCUUCAAAUUUGAAUUGUCCGAUUGGACAGUUCCAAAGUGCUGGUGAUUGUGUGCACUAGAGAAAAGACUUUUGUAGCAUCACCACAUUUCAGUGUUCGACACCGAAAAGACACUUGUAGAUGUGAUUACAUUCAAUUAUGUUAUUUUGAAAAAAUAUUACCAGUGUUGAUAUGUCAGUGUCGUGUCUGUGCACAUGAUCCAAAAUUAUAGUAUGGAUGAUGUGAGGUAUGAAUGCUGUAUAGUAAUUUGUUGAUGAUGUAGUAUGUAAGGUUGAGAUAGCCAAAUGUUGUUGUAUGAGUAUUUAUUGUAUAUAGUUAGUUUUAUAAUUCAGUUUUCCUGAUUCAAAACAA